AAUAAGCUGUGUUCCGGGUAAAGCCGCAAAAGCAUCAAACAAAAUUAUUUUCGUCGUGUUUGUCGCGUACGGUAUUCGAGUGUCCAGGUGGUCUGAAUUCGCUGUGCUCGUUCUUGGUUUGGGUGGAAUCUCGGUGGCCGAAUCCGGCGCCAAUUUUGGGCAAUACGACCUUGACGACCAACGCGCGUUGGCGGAUAGCUCGUAGGUUGAACAACUAGCCUAUUACGGCAAAUGUUCAGUGUGUUCGGUUUAGUUCCAUCGUGCAUCGUGAAGUGGUAUCGUUAGAGCUAUAAAGAAGUUAGUAAGCUUGGUCAAGGACAUCCAACAUUUCCAAUCAGAAAUUAAACGACAAAAACAGCAGCAAGCAACCAGAAUUGGAACUCCCAAUAAGCCCAUUCCGGACACACGAAGCGCUCCUUUCAAUCUUUGCACCUUCAACCCACGCUAGCCGUUCCAGGAGCAGCAGCAGCAGCCUUGAGUAAGAACCCCAACAAUGCCUCCUUCCAAGAAAUACACACAAAAGCCGGGCGUAACCACGCGACGUUGCAGUGCUAUGCUAAGCGAGCAAACCAGCGCUAGUACUACCAAACAGCAGCAACAAGAGUCCAAAAAGCCUGAUACGGUAGGUGGUCGUGGACGAUCAAAUCAGUCGUCGAGUUUGGCCGAGGCGAAGAAGCAGGGUAAACAAAAGAUGUCCGAGAUGAGCGCGGCAAAACGGCGGCAAAGUGAAGAGUCCGCAAUCAAGGAUCAACAGCUGCAGGAUAUCUACCAGAACGCAAUCAGCUCGAGCGAAAGGCAGCGGUUCGCGACGGGUGUCGUGUACGACGAUCGAUUCGUCUUGCACCGCUGCCUGUGGGAUCCGAACUACCCCGAGUGCCCGGAACGAUACCUGGAGGUAAUGAAGCGGGUAGAGCUCGAGCAGCUGAUCGAUCGGUGUACGUUCGUGCGGCCACGGUUGGCCACCGAGGAAGAGAUUCGGCUCAAGCAUACGCAGCAGCUACUGGAAACGCUUAAGGCAACACGCGGCUCCCUGGAUAAGGUACAGCUGGAGGAUCUGAGCUCGCGCUACGAUGCCAUCUUCAUCCAUCCGGGGUCGUACGAGACGAGCCUGCUAUCGGUGGGUAGCACGGUGGCACUUGUCGAAGCCGUGUGCAAAGGUGAAAUCCAGAAUGGAAUGGCCAUAGUACGGCCACCCGGCCACCACGCCAUGACCGCCGAGUUCAAUGGGUAUUGCUUCUUCAACAAUGUCGCCAUUGCCGCCCAGCACGCACUCGAUAAACUCGGUCUCAGCCGGAUCCUUAUCGUCGAUUGGGAUGUGCACCACGGGCAAGGCACGCAGCGGAUGUUCUACUCUGAUCCCAGGGUGCUGUACUUCUCCGUCCACCGCUACCAACACGCCACCUUCUGGCCCAACUUGCGCGAAUCGGACUUCGAUUUUGUCGGCUCUGGUAAGGGUGAGGGCUUCAACUUCAAUGUGCCCCUGAACGAGAUCGGAAUGGAAAAUGCGGACUAUCUGGCCAUUUGGCACCAGCUGCUGUUACCGGUUGCUACCGAGUUCGUUCCAGAGCUUGUUAUCGUAUCGGCCGGUUAUGAUUCUGCGAUGGGCGAUGAAAAGGGUAUGAUGAACAUAACGCCUGCUUUCUACGCACAUCUGCUGAGCCCUCUGCUGUCCCUGGCACAGGGCCGUGUAGCAGUGGUGCUGGAGGGCGGCUACUGUCUGGAGUCGCUGGCUGAGGCAAGCAUGCACACGCUCAAAACACUGCUCGGUGAUCCAUGCUCCAAGCUGGCCGACAAACUGACGGCACCGUGUGCAAGCAUCCGAGAAACGAUACUGAACUGUAUCGCCAGCCACCGAAAUUUCUGGAAAAGUCUACAGCUGAAUGAGCUGUACAAUGUGGAGGAUUACAAUAAUGUAACCCCACAGGAGAACUUCCACAAACUGCCCGAGUACAGGUUUGAGCCAGAGCCGCCGCGUUCGGGCGAGGUUCGCUACGAAACGCGAAACUGCUAUCCGGUGCAGUCGGUAGAGGAGCGCAAGCGAAUCCACGAGCGGCUAGUACAGUUGCGCCUGGCAACCGAUCUAAGCUUCCCGGUUGAUAGGCUUUGCUAUGUGUACGAUGAGACUAUGCUCGAGCACCAGAACAGCAGCGAUGCGCUGCAUCCGGAAAAUCCCGCCCGGAUAGCGAACAUCUAUCGGAGCCUCACGGAGGACUACCAGCUAACAAAACGGAUGAAGCGCAUCGCGGCCAUCCCAGCAACACUGGACGAGCUAUGCCUUGUACACGAUCGCGAGAUCGUAGAGCGGAUGCACUUGAUCGGCAAGGACGUGACCGGCCUGAAGGAGCUGGCCAAUUCGUACAAUUCCGUCUAUCUGCAUCCGAAAACGUUUACUAGCGCUGCCAUGGCCGCCGGAUCGGUUAUUCAGGUUGUUGACGAGGUGAUGAGUGGUCGUAGCCGCGCUGGACUGUGCAUCGUCCGUCCACCAGGCCAUCAUGCCGAACCGAGCGAACCGCAUGGGUUCUGCAUCUUCAACAAUGUGGCUGUCGCAGCCCGGGUUGCGCUCGAACAGCACAAUCUGCAGCGAGUGCUGAUAGUAGACUGGGAUGUGCACCAUGGCAACGGAACGCAGCACAUCUUUGAGGAGGAUCCCCGAGUGCUGUACAUCUCUGUGCACCGCUACGACAACGGUACCUUUUUCCCGCGCAGCACCGACGGCAACUAUACGAAGGUCGGUCACGGUAAGGGCACUGGGUUCACCGUGAACGUGCCCUGGAACUACAAAUCCAUGGGUGACGCAGAGUACAUGGCCGCCUUUUCCUCGGUCAUCCUGCCCAUCGCAUAUGAGUUUGAUCCGGAGCUGGUGCUAGUGUCGGCCGGGUUCGAUGCGGCGAUCGGUGACCCGCUCGGCGGGUGCCGCGUUACACCGGAGGCGUACGGUUACUUCACGCAGUGGCUCUCGUCAUUGGCUGGCGGGCGCGUCAUCGUUUGCCUCGAGGGCGGUUACAAUGUGAACACGAUAUCGCACGCGAUGGCCAUGUGCGCGAAGGCGCUGCUCGGUGAUCCGCUGCCGAUGCUGCAGGCGAUCACACCACAACACCAAUCGGCCAUAGUGACGGCUUCGUGUUACGAAACUCUGCGCAAUGUCAUAGCGGUGCAGAGCAAGCACUGGAGUGCGUUAUGUUUCGGCAACCAGAAGCUACCAAACUUCCGCAGUAACUUCGAGCUAAGUGCCAUGCUGAAGAACAUCUCCCUAAGCGAGCCGGGUGACGGAGGCGAUAGCAACGACGGAGCGAAUCGAACAUCGUCCUCGACAGCCUCCGGUUCUGGCGGCACAGGAGAUGGCCCUUCCCGGGCCGCGAGCAGCGCACCGAAGCAGACGCUUACCGAGUUUCUCCGAGAAAACAUGCAGGCACUUGAAAAUGAAGAAAUGUUUGCCAUCGUUCCUAAGAAGGAUUGUCCCCAUUUGAAGCUGCUGCAACCUGAAACGAUCCCUCUUACAAUCGACCUUACUGCACCCUGCACCAACUGCGACUCGCGGGCUGAGAACUGGAUGUGCCUAAUCUGCUAUGGCAUCUACUGUGGUCGGUACGUUGGCCAGCACAUGGUACGGCACAGCACCGACACGCCCAAUCACCCGAUUGCCCUCAGCUUUAGCGAUCUGUCCGUGUGGUGCUACGAUUGCGACAGCUACAUCGAUCAUGCGGCACUUCAUCCCUACAAAACGCUAGUCCAUAUGGUCAAGUUCAGCGAACCGUUUCACUGGGCUUACGGCAGCAAUCUGUCGCUCGAGGUGGUUCGAUCGGAGGACGGGGCCGGCGACGCGCAACCCCGGCCAUCGCGCUCAACCGAUUGAUAUUCGAACAUCUCUAGGAUAUUGUUCCGCAUUCUUGUGCUAGUUUUGUUGAAGCACAUGCUGAUCGCUUACUUCAAGUAGGGUUAGAGGUGCCAAGCGUGAAGGUUAUAUAUUUCUGCUCAUUUUGCUACUAUCUAUAUUACGUUUCUAACAGUCGCAGCAAAUCGACUUAUAUUACGUUUCUAACAGUCGCAGCAAAUCGACUGUCAGGCAGGCAGCAAGUCUAACAGUCGAUUUGCUGCCUGCGAACAGCCUGUUACCUUUCAGUGCAGUCCGCUGACUGGCUGUUACUGUCCAAUGCGGCCCGCAUGCUAAUAUGAGUCCCCUGAUCUAGCCAAUGAUCGCGGCGUGUGUUUGCAUGUUACACCCCGUUAAACCCAUUUUGGUAACCUUACCUUAUCGAACUAUUGUGCUAGAUGUUACAAAGAGCUAAAAGAAAAAAAAACAAAA